AUGCACUCCUCUGCUUCUGCUGUCGACCUCCUUGGAUCUGAGAAGGUCAGGGCUGCGUCUGCCUCGAGCGGGCGCCGCAGGGGCAAGGGCAAAUGGGGCAAGGGAGGCAGAGGUGACGCCGGGGGAGGCCAUGGUGGGGGUGGUGGCGGCAGUGGGGGUGGUGGUGGGACUGGUGGGGCUAGUGGCAGCGGUGGGGGUGGUGGCGGAAACGGCGGGGGCGGUGGCAGGGGCGUGGGCGGUGGUGGGGGCAGCGGUGGACGCGGCGGCGGCAGGGGAGGAGGUGGUCGAGGAGGUGGUGGCGGCAAUGGUAGUCGUGGAGGCACUGGCGGUGGCCAGAGCCUACAGCACUCUCCGUCGCCCCAAAAGCUCCAUGAGUGGUACGCUCAGCACGGGGGGGGUAGUGGCCUUAGCUGCACAUACGUCAUCCGCACUGGUGACCGAACUGUUCCCUUACGCUGGGCUGAUCUGAUGAAGCAAAACAUUGAUAUCUUUGCUCUAGACUUUGAUGCUAUUCUCUCUACCAUGUAUGUGAUGUCUAUUAGUGGAGAGGGUGCCCAGUACCUGUGUGCUCCGCCCUACCCACGCAUUCGACCCGGUGAGGCUACUGCUCUAGGUGCUAGAGUGUCUGCUACCCCAGGUGCUGGUGAGGCUGCUGCUCUAGGUGCUGGUGCGUCUGCGUCCACUGUUACUGAGUCCACGGAGGCACUGCACACCUUUACACUAGACUUAGGUGCUUCCCGCUGUUUCUUUCAUGACCGCACGGCUCUUGAGCAGCUUGCUCGGCCCGUUGCAGUCUCUCUCGCUGACCCCUCAGGGGGUCCAGUCCUUGUGACCUCCUCCACAGUUCUCCCUUGUCCGGCCGUCCCGUCCGGCACACUGUCCGGUCUCCACCUCCCCUCGUUCUCUACGAACUUGGUGGCGGGAUGUGCGCUCCAAGACACGGGUGUCCACCAGUUCACCCCUGCCUACGAGCGCGUGACACACUGCACGUGUGCUCGGACGGGCCGUCACCUGGCGACCUUCACACGGCAUCCGGGGUCGGACCUGUACACACUGACUACUGAGUCCCCUCCGGUAGCUGUGUUUACAUCCGCGUCAGGUCAGCUGUCGGCCCCCUGCUCGUGCCGCUCUCUGGCGCACGAGACAGUCCUCUGGCACCAGCGCCUUGGUCACCCUUCCGUGCAGCGCCUUCGGGCAAUGCACAAACGGUACCUUGUCUCUGGUCUUCCCAGGGUUCUCCCUCCCCUCCCAGCCUCGCCUGCUCCUCCCUGCCUUUCCUGUGUCGAGGGGCGGCAGCGCGCUGCUCCUCACUCCUCCUCGUUUCCCCCGACGAUUGCUCCCUUGCAGACGCUCCACAUGGACGUGUGGGGCCCCGCCCGCGUCCGUGGUCAAGGUCAGGAAAGGUACUUCCUGAUAGUCGUUGACGACUACUUGUGCUACACCACAGUCUUCUCCUUGCGCACCAAGGGUGAGGUCCCUUAUGUUUUUAUCCCUUGGAUCCGCGCUUCUCGUCUUCAGCUCAGCGAGCGUUUCCACUCGGACUUUCCUGUCCCGCGCUUGCACUCUGAAGAAGGUGAUGAGUUCUCCUCCGACCUCUUGGCAGCUUACUUUGCGGAGCACGGCAUCCGCCAGUCGUUCACGCUUCCGGCCUCUCCACAGCAGAAUGGGGUUGCUGAGCGCCGCAUUGGCUUGGUCAUGGAGGUCGCUCAUACCUCCUUGAUCCAUGCGGCUGCCCCCCACUUUCUGUGGCCGUUUGCGGUCCGAUACGCUGCGCAUCAGCUCAACCUCUGGCCCCGUGUCUCCUUGCCAGAGACCUCCCCGACACUGCGUUGGACGGGAGAGGUUGGCGAUGCGUCGCGUUUUCGGUCUUACCACCCUACCUCGCGUCAUGUCCUCGCCUCUCAGUACGUCACCUUUGUCGAGUCGGUACCCUUCUACAACCUCUUCCCCUACCGCACUGCCCCGCUCCCUCCCGCGCCUCUCUUCCUCGCGCCAGAUGCUGUUGUAGUAGACCCCCUCCCCCCUCAGGGUGCCGCUCCCUCAAAUGUGUCCCAGGUAGACCCGGUUGAGCCUAUCGAGCCUGGGAGUACGUAG